UUGGCAUGCUGACUACAGUUAUGUCCACCAAAGCAUUUGCCAGAUAAUUGAAUGUUCAUUUCUCUACCAUGGCUUUUGCCUGCUAUGUUUGUUCAGUAUUUGUCUUUCUGUUGUUGCUACAUUAUACAAUUUGCUACUGAUUUCAUAAUUAGAGGGGGUGGAAAUAUAGAAGUAAAAGGAUGCCAACCUUUGUGAUUACAAUUCUCAGUUUAUUAAUUGUUAUCAAAUAAAGGUCACAAGACUAAAAUGUAGCAAAACAAAUACAAUAGCUACACACAUGCAUAUAUAAAGGGAAAACCCUUUUUGGCUUGGUGGAGUACAUUUACAUUUUCCAAUCAAAUCUCAGUUAUUUGAUUGAUUGAUCCUGCAUGCUCGUUGGCCAGAUACUAUAAAACGUCCAGCAGUCUUUCGCACAAGUUUCCCCAGUCGUCAUUUUCUGAGUGAACUCUGAGCAUUGAGCAAGCUGUGUCACAAUUUCAUUGAUAUAUCCGUUCAUGUAGAAACAAGUCAUAUGCCUUUUAUUCUGCGGGGGAUGCUAAAUGGGUAGAAGUUGACUCACGGUUGGUUUGGUCAAUCCUAUGCAUUCAUUCGCUUUAGACCUACACAUGUUAUAUGCAUGUCAAAACCGAAGGCCACAUGACAGACUGUAACAGUAGUGAAGCUUAAUUUGCGUUCUGACAAUUUUAUCAAACAGGUUUUUAAUGAAAGUCAAUUGCACUUUUGAGAUAUUGUCGCCUGUUCGGGUAACCAGACAGAGAAUGAAAAGAACCAUGCCUGAAACGAAAAGGGCGAGGAGGCCCGACGUGAAACUGGUUAUAUUGGGGGACAUGAACGUUGGAAAGACCUCCCUGUUACACAGGUACAUGGAUAAAAAGUUAAGUGAUACCAUUAGUACUGUCGGCGGUGCGUUCUACUUAAAGCAGUGGGGACCCUACAACAUAUCGCUUUGGGACACCGCAGGUCGGGAGCAGUUCCACGGGCUCGGCUCCAUGUACUGCCGGGGCGCGUCCGCUGUCAUCCUCACCUACGACGUGACCAACUGGCAGAGCCUGGCCGAGCUGGAGGAGCGCUUCCUGUCUCUCACCGACACGGCCAAUCAUGACUGCAUCUACGCCGUGGUGGGUAACAAGGCUGACCUUACUGACCCCCCCAAUGAAGAAGAAGACUAUGAGGGGGGUUGCCCCAUCCACAAACCGCACUAUGCCUCCCACCUCACCCCUCCAGUCUCCCCCACUACGGGCUCCCCCGUGGCCAACCGAGAGGUUCGAAAGGAGGAUGCCGUGGCACUCUACCAGCGUAUCCUCCGGUACAAAUUGCUGGAUGAGCGUUCGAGCCCACCUGCAGAGAAGAUGUGCUUUGAGACGAGCGCCAAGACGGGUGCCAACGUGGACGUGUUAUUCGAGACGCUGUUCGACAUGGUGCUGCCGUCCAUCCUGAGGAUGAGGUCAGAGAGCGAGGCCUCACCCACCGUAGACCUGGAGGACUAUGGGCCGGUGUCCAGCAAGCAGACCAAGGGGGGCUGCUGCUGAACGGAGUAGGGUGAAGUUGCCCCAAGACGCUGAUCUUGGGUCUAUUUUGCAUUUCCCCACAAAUGGGUAAGGUUAGGAUUGGGGGAGGGGAAACUGAUCCUAGAUCUGUACCUUGGGGAAAGUUUACCCCAGAGCCUGCUGAAGAUGACAAGGAAGCCGUCUUGGGGAGAAUCUCAAUUGUAUACUCCUCGCCUCCUCUCUCCUCAUCUUCUUCUCAUAACCCAUUGGAUGAGAAAGCCAGAGGUCCCUCCCCUCUGACCAUCUCCUCCAAUAGGUUUUGAGAUGGAGGCGAGGACUAUGUAAUUGAGAAUCUCCCCUGGGGUUGGGGGUUGGUUUUCACAGACACACACACACACACACGUAUGUACACCCACAUAGUUUCUACUUUAAUACAGAGGGAUUCCUCAUCAAGUGAGCUCAACUGUUCAGCAGGGCCGGAUGACCAAACAGGCACUCUGGGCACGUGCCCCGGGGCCCCCAACUCAUGUUUUUGUUGCAUAUGAUACCAAAAUGUGUAGAAUUUUAGGAAAUUAACUUUAAAACUGCAAAAUUAUCUUAGCCUUAUGGCAAAAUGUGAACAAAAUGAGAUGAGCUAUAAAAUACCAAAAAGUAAUCUCUGCCCAAUGGCAAAAAGUGUAGAAUUGCAGGAAAUGUAAAACUGUAUAUGUCCACAUAUUCUCUUAGCCUCAUGACAAAAUUCGUAGAAUAGCAUUAUAAAACUUUAUCUUUGUUUACAAUCUGCCUAAAUUAAACACAUUCUACCUCAAUAAUGGUUAUUGAAUUUCAGCUUUCUGUGAAUAACAUGGUUUUUAAUUUUGAAGGCACAAUGUUGUUAUUCUACAUAAUGGUGUAGAAUGCUACCACCAGGGGGUAUUGUAGAGACUGUUUUUAGUGAGCUCCCAUUGAAUAUGGAGGACUAAGAAUAUGGCCAAAGAACCAAAAGAUCCUCUUUACCCCCAAGACAUUCUGUUGCCACCAUGAUUAAGAAAUAGAACAGAAUUAAUGUACUGGUGAGACCGAGUGACUGAUGAGAUUUCAAACUACUGUCCGUCAUUUAACCAACAUUUUCACACAUACGCUUCUCAAUAAUGUUCUUAGAGCAUUUUGAUUCUCUGGGAAUUUAGAACGUAAACAUUUUGAUAUGUUCAGAAUCCCAACGAGGGCUGAGUGACUUGUUAUUGGGGCCACUUUACUCACCUGUCACCUUAGACAUUGGAACAAGUGUUCUAGUAAGAGGUUUACGUGGCCGAGUGUCUGUCUAAAACUGUGCCAUGGAUAUGAUGGUGUUUGUUUCAGUGUCUUGAGCCGAUUAAACUAAGCUCCCUACCUGACAAUCU